AUGGUAAAUAAUUUUUUGUUUCUUUCUAUAUCCCAGAGUAGAACAUCGUCUAUUGCAAGCACAAGAAGUGAAAUUAGCAUCGUGGACGUUAUUCUGCAGGAGGAAAACGAAGAAGAAACCGAAACCAAAGAUUUCGGACUGAAAGAGCAACAUGAAGAAUCAUCAAAGGGCAAAAUUAAGGGGUCUCUCCUGUUUAGAUAUAUGUUAGCAGGGGGAAACGUUUUUGCCGUUAGCUGCGUCAUAGCCCUCUUUAUUUUAGCCCAAGGGGCAGCCAGUGGCGUCGACUGGUUCGUCAGUUACUGGACCAAUAUCGAAGAAUACAGGAAUUCUACAAUUUCUGCAAAUGUCAACUUAAGAGAACUUCCAACGUCUACUUGCUUGUACAUUUACGGCAGUCUGAUAAUCAGUUUGUUAUUGAUAGCACUUGUAAGAUCCUUCUCGUUUUACAAAUUAGUUAUGAACAGUUGCACCAAUCUUCAUCAUGCCAUGUUUGAUGGUGUGGUGUAUGCGAGUAUGCGAUUUUUUGAUACGAAUCCUAGUGGAAGGAUAUUAAAUCGAUUUUCAAAGGACAUUGGGAGUGCCGAUGAACUAUUACCGAAAUGCAUCCUUGAUUCAUCUCAGAUUUUGUUAAUAAUGGCUGGUUCCUUAAUUCUGGUAGCAGUUGUUAACCCUUUAUUCCUCAUUCCUGUUGCUAUUAUUGGCGUUAUUUUUAUGAUUUUGAGGUCAAUUUUUUUGAAAUCGUCCAAAAAUAUCAAACGUUUAGAAGGAAUAACGCGCAGUCCAGUAUUCACACAUCUCAAUGCCACCCUUCAAGGACUAACCACGAUAAGAGCAUAUGGGGCUCAAACAAUUUUGAAGGAGGAGUUUGAUAAACACCAAGAUCUACACACAAGCGCAUGGUUCAUGUACAUUGCAGUCAGCUCGGCUUUUGGUUUCAUUCUCGAUUUGUUUUGCACCGCAUUUACAACAUUGGUAACCCUCAGUUUUCUGACUUUUGGAGAAACACUUCUGGGGGGCCAAGUAGGUCUUGCAAUAACUCAAACAACCUCCCUUACUGGGAUUGUUCAGUGGGGGAUGAGACAGUCUGCAGAAGUGGCAAAUAUGUUAAUGUCCGUCGAAAGGAUGUUGGAAUACACAAUAAUUCCUCCAGAAAAACAACCGGAAAAGCCUAUAAAACCGCCCAAGGAAUGGCCACAAAAUGGGAAAAUAAAUUUCAAAAACAUGGGACUUAAAUAUGUAGAAACAGGUCCAUUGGUACUUAAAAAUCUUAAUAUCUCCAUUCAGCCAAAAGAAAAGAUUGGAAUCGUGGGAAGAACAGGUGCAGGAAAAUCCUCCUUGAUAGCCGCUCUAUUCCGAUUAGCAAAAGUGGAGGGUGAAAUAGAAAUUGAUGCCAUCGAUACGAAAAACGUCAUUUUACAAGAACUGAGAUCGAAAAUAGCAAUCAUUCCUCAGGACCCUGUCUUAUUCUCUGGUACCCUCAGAUACAAUUUGGAUCCGUUUGAAGAGUUCCCAGACGAUUUAUUAUACAAAGCUCUAAACGAUGUGGAAUUGAAGGACCCCAUGAAUAUCAUCAACAGAUUGGAAAACAGAGUAAUGGAUAGAGGAGCAAACUACAGUGUGGGACAACGACAACUUAUUUGCCUUGCACGAGCAAUUGUUCGAAAUAACAAAAUACUAAUGUUAGAUGAAGCUACAGCAAAUGUUGACCCACAAACUGAUGCAUUAAUUCAAAAAACCAUACGCCAAAAGUUUGCCGAUUGUACGGUCUUGACGGUGGCACAUCGUCUUAACACGAUCAUGGAUUCUGAUAAAGUUUUAGUUAUGGAUAACGGCACCAUGGUCGAAUUUAAUCACCCCUACAUUCUUUUGCAAAAUUCCAAGAGUGUUUUUUCCAAAAUGGUCGCGGAAACUGGAAAAUCUACAACAGAACAACUUAAACAGAUCGCUAAAGUUAAUUACGAACAAAAGUUUGGUGUUCCAGAAUAAAAUUGCGAGGUAAGUAAGCAAAAAAAGGCACUGAUUACUUUUUACAAUGCAGAAUUGAUAAAAGUCAUUUUUGCUGUGCUAUUUCGUGAUUUUAUUUCCUUUUGUUUAAUACAAGACAAUCAAAAAUAAUAUUUUUAAAGGCCUACAGGGUAUCGACUUUUUGUAAACUUCUACAAAUGAAACGUUUUUUUUUUAAUUACUAAUAAGGGCAAUGAAUGUAAUUGCUUUCUUUCUCGUCUUUUUAAAUAAUAUUCAUUUAUAUUUCACUGAUUCUCGAAGAUGCCUUAAAAAGCAGUAAAUUAAGUGAAUAAUGAAUAAAAUAGUUUUUAUUGAAUCCAAAGAAUUGUACAGAAGAGUAUUGCAAGUUAAUUAAUAUAGUUUUAAUAUGUAUUUUAAAAUUAGUACUUAAGAAAUUGUACAUAUUAUAUUAUCGAUAAUUAAUUUGUAAGAAUAUCGUGGCAGCUCGUACUUCGUAUUAGAAACUAAAAGUAGACCAUUUUUUUUUUAAUUAAACUAUUCUGCGGACUUGUACCUUACACGUGAAAAUGUUUAGAAAAAAAAACAGUUCGCGAAGCGCUCUAUUUUUCUUAACAUUUUUGUACAAAGUAGGUCAUAAAAGAUAUGAGCUUUUAAUUCGUAAUAUUAUUUUUUUAUUAGGCGUGUAAUUUUGUUAAUUAGUUAUAGACAUCAUCUUUGUUUUUCUUUUUAAUAUCAAUAAUUAUAUUUAGUUUGUUAUUUUCGUCAUAACUUUUAAUCAAUUCGAUGAUUAAAGAGGCUGUGUAUACUUGCCUGCGUUCUAUUAAUAAAAAGUACAGAUAAUCUAUAUUUUUACAGUAAAGUAUGUUUGAUCUUCCAGUGAUUUGUAGAAUCUUUUAAAUAAAUACGACCCUAAAUUAGGACUGUA